AUGGAGAGCCGACCAAGCUCCCCAAAACGUCAGCAUCUAGAUAAACCUGUUCCGGCGAGCCCAUCUUCUUCUUCUUCAAAUAUGCAACAAUCUGCUGGCCUGACCGUGAACGUUGAGUAGGUGGGCAGGUCCAGCAGUGGGCUUGUGGCAGACGGCGCGGCACAUUCGCCUGAUUUCUGUUUUCUUGCCGUGUAACUAUCGCCUUUCGGAGGUUGUCCACCAACCAUUAUUACUCCAUAGGCUUUUGCUUCGCGGAAGAAGGGUCUCGUCAAGCAUGAACUGUUAUUUUGAUAAUUGGGAAACCUGCAUUAUUUAGCCUGAAAAUUAGAUCUGUAGUCCGCCGAGGGAAUUUGACUUCCAUGGUUGGCUACCAUGUUGUUGUAUUCGGCUAAGUGGCAGACGACUUGUCCGUUUGAAAAUGUUUGCAAUUAUUGGUUUAAUCCGACUCCAGGUAGGAGCACACUUGCUGUGCUUGCCUUUUCCUUUGACUAUUAUCCUCAGAAGAUCGAUUCGUACGCUCUCCUCUCACGACUGAAUGCACGUCCGGAGUUGCCUUCCUUCUAUUCCUUGUCUGUAUCACUGGCCUUUUAGCAUCGCUUCCCUUCUGGUGCGUGUUGAGGGCUGCUGAAGAUUUUUUUUUCUACUACAAUUAGGGGAUUAUGUUCCUUCAUUAUUAACCUUUUUGGACUUUAUAGUUCCCUUUCGAUCAUCGGCAACGCUAAUAAGGCUAUUGUCGCUCGCCCCAUCAAAAUUUACACUCGGACCGGCGAUAAAGGGUCGUCCGCUCUUUUCAAUGGUGAACGUCGUCCAAAGACGGACGAGGUCUUUCAUGCCCUAGGCACCAUCGACGAACUCAGUUCCUCCAUCGGCUUGGCCCUAGCCCACCUAACAGAGCGACAAGGCAUCCUCAGUAAAUUUGUGACCCAAAACCCGAACUACGAUUUGGAUCGCCUGAGACAACAGCUCCUCUCAAUCCAAUGUAGGCUACAGGACCUCGGUUCAUGCGUAGCCACGCCCAUCCCGAACGUCGCCGAUACCGCCUCAGAAAAGGAGGAGAUUGGGACGCGACCAAAACGUCACGCUCGAGUCAAUUUUCCCGCCCACGCUGCUCCCCAGGAACUAGAGCCCUGGAUCGACGAGAUGACAGCCCAGAUCAAGCCUCUUCGUAAAUUUGUCCUGCCCUCGGGUGGUGUAGUUGCGACCUCACUACAUGUGGCACGCACAGUGUGCCGGCGGGCUGAGCGCGCAAUUGUUGCGGUGAACGAGGCGCGCACUUCUGUUGGCGAUAGUCUUGCUGUGGAGGCCGCGGCUACAACCUACAUCAACCGCCUCAGUGAUUACCUUUUCACGGCCGCACGCUUCGCUGCUGAGGCCUUUGACGUGCCUGAAGAGCCAUAUCGGAAGUUGAACUAG